UAUUUUAUUCGUCAGUCUUAGGCUGGUUUAUAUAGUGAAGAUACAAUUAUUACAAUUUAUUUUUUCCUUAAUUGAGAAUAAAGAAAAAUAAAGGUAGUAUUAAAGAUAAUAAUAAAAUAGGAAAUAAUAUAUUUUUCAAAAUGUAGUGUGCGAGGAUCAUAGAAAAUAUCAAACAGUGUAUACCACAUCUGGCAAGCAGUUUUGUAGUGACAAAAGAUGACUGCUAAUAAUCUCUGAAGGGCCAAGCGUUAUUACUCAUUUUGUGAAUUAUUCACUGUUGAAGAUUCAUGAAAAAUGGCCAUGAAAUUCAGAAAUAACUAUUUCCUAUUGUUGUUUCUAGUAUGUUAGCCAGAUUUAAGUUGUAAACAUGAGUAUGUAUUAUACUUUUUUCUCUGGGUUGGUGCUGGAAGGAAUUUAUUCUACCUGCUAUGAUGAUACUAAGUUACAAGAGUUGUAAUGCAGAUCGUUAGAAUGUUAGAUAUACUGGCACAGUAUCUGUCACUUCGAGGAUUUCAAUUUCAGAGGCUUGAUGGGAGUACAAAAUCUGAGCUGCGACAACAGGCAAUGGAACAUUUUAAUGCACCAGGCAGUGAUGAUUUCUGCUUCCUUCUUUCAACGCGAGCAGGUGGUUUGGGUAUCAACCUGGCCACAGCAGACACUGUUAUAAUAUUUGAUUCAGAUUGGAAUCCUCAAAAUGAUCUGCAGGCAAUGAGUCGAGCUCAUCGAAUUGGGCAACAGGAAGUUGUUAACAUAUAUAGAUUUGUUACAAGCAAAAGUGUUGAGGAAGAUAUUUUGGAACGUGCUAAGAAGAAGAUGGUUCUCGACCACUUGGUUAUUCAAAAACUAAAUGCAGAGGGUAAACUGGAAAAGAAAGAAGCCAAAAAAGGAGGAAGCUUUUUUGACAAAAAUGAGCUCUCAGCUAUUUUGAGAUUUGGAGCAGAAGAGCUUUUUAAGGAAGAAAGAAAUGACGAGAGAAGUGAAGGUGGACAUAGAUGA